GCGCUGGAUGCCAACCUGCCCCGGCCGAGCCUCGAGGGAGCCCCGCGACAAGAAAGAGAGGUUACCUUUCGAGCGCUCGCGUCGGAAAGAAGGCAGCCAAGCGCCCACGAGCGCCGCACCGCCUGGGAAAGCCACCACCUGGUAAAAGGGCAGCCCCAACAAGUAUGGGCAAGAAGGGCAAGAAGUCCAAGGCGGAAUUAGAAGCCGAGCGCAUCGAGGAGGAGCGCCUGGCCGAGGAGCGGCGCGUCGCCGAGGAGAAGGCCGAGGCCGAACGUGUGGAGCGCGAGAGAAUCGCGGCCGAAAAACUGAAAGCAGAGCAGAAAGCGUACCGGGAGGAGGAGUUACAAAGACUGCAGGACGAACUGAGGGACGAGGAGGGCAACCUACCUCGGCGGAGGUCGAAGAUCAAUGCCUUGCGGGAAGAGGCGGAAACGGACCGGAACUGGACCCACUUCCGAAAUUGCGUGCAGGUGCCGACCGGAGACGACGCGUUGGCCGUGAAUGGGUACCAGGCGCGGCUGGAGCAGGACAUGAACGAGGAGAAAAUCAGACAUGAGUUUGCUGGUAGAUUUACGAUCGAGCAUUCUUUGUCUCGGAUUCAGGAGAUAGAGGGCGUCGCUAGGGGUGUAGAAGGUGCUAGAGCUGAUGCUCUCGCGAGGGGGGAUCUAGCGAGUGCGGCUGCCUGUGACGUGCAGUUGCACAACUUGCGCGACGCCGUCGUGCAAAGGUUAAACAGGUGCACGGCGGACGUCCUGCAGCACUCCGACGACUACAAAUUGGUGAAUGAACAGGACCCGGACAAGCGGGAGAUGCUGGCCCUUGCUAAGGACGAUGUCAGUGGUUCCGCCCAGGCUACCAGAAUAGCCAUCUGGGCCAACAUGAAGCAGACGAUGCAAAGGGGGCCCUUCAAGCAGUUGUCAUUUGGGGAUGGUGUGGAUGUGCACGUCGAUUUGCCGAAGGCGUUGGGUACACAGCGGUUGUGUGUGCGAGCCAUGGUCUUAGGUGGGGCACAUGUCGGACCUACCCGUAGAAAUACGGGAGAGACCCUGCUCCAACGAAGAGCUUCCAUGGAUCUACCGGAGGGCGAGGACGGCUCUCUCCUAGCAGGACGAGACAUGUUACCGUUAGGCGGGUCGGUCCAAGUGGAAGUCCUGGGAUUGCCGCCGCCCGCGCGCCGGCUCAAGCAAGGCUGGUUCGUCACGCCGGUAACCGGUCUCAGUACAAGUGUGGACGUCAAGCCGUUCCCCGAAUACGAAGAAGACAAGCCUUUUAGGUACGAGGCGAAGGAUCCGGAGCCAAAUAAAUACAUACGGCUACGAGUAUCGUUACCUCCGACGGUCGUACCACCGGAGGAAGAAGGCGCCCUGCGCGUCAUGUGGUUUGAUACUGCGUGUGAUAAAUGGGUCGACGGCACGACGUGCGAGAUCAAACUGUCAGGGCGGGAGGUGAGCUGGGUGUCGAAUCGCACUGGGGUUUUAUGUAUCGCGCAGCCCCGUACUUUAGAUCUGUUUUACAAAUCAUGGUCCUUAUCUCCAGCCUUGCCAGCGGUACAGGAUGGCCCGUCCGAGGUCGAGGAGGCCUGCGCCGUUCUUAGUUUGGAGACGCCUCGCAUGACCGUGAAGAUUGAAGCGCGGGGCGACGGGAGCUGUCGGUUGGUCGGGCCGGAUCGACCGGAGCUCAAGCCGCUCAUGACCAACAGUACAACAGCGGGACGGUUGAUAGCAGAGUUAUCAAAGUGCGGCAUCCACCUCGCGCCCGACGCUCUGGAUGAAGAAGCAGUAGCGAGUAGGGGCGGCAACUGGGCGGCCAAGGACGAGUCUGUGGAGCAGAAGCUCUGCGAGGAGCUAGCGGCAUUGGCUGCCGGUUUUGAUGUGGCGAACGACCCGUCGGCCAAGGGUUUACCGAGUGGCCGGUGUUCGGUCCGAUUACGCGAGACGGCCAUGUACGUCGCCGCGGCAUCGGGACAGGAGACGACCAUGGACUAUGAUACGUUACUUGUUGAAAGAGACCACGCCUCGAAAUCCUUCCAGAACGCCAUGGACUGCGGUGCUCUACCAGCACCGGGAGUCAAGUGUCAGCUCGUCCAGGGCGGCUCCGCGUCCGGCAAUCCGGAGACGGACCGGCCCUUCGACGACAGUUUGGCGCCGGGCGCCGAGUCGCACGUGUUCCUCGCGCGGGCCGCGCGGCCCGUCGCGAGCGAGGAGGCUUUCGACCGCGUCGGCGCGGCGCCGCUCAGGUUCCAGCAGGCCGUCGAGGAGCUGCUGCACCUGACGCGGCCGUUCUCGUUCUGCUAGCUUAUGGUGUGGGGGGCGAGUAAUCACAU